CAUCACCGUGCUGUGCCAAGAGGCACCUGAAAGGAAAACUUCUGCAUAUCAAUGCACUGCCAAUGGGUUGUGUCCUUUGUUGUGACCUCAUGGUUUAACUGGGAAUAAAGAUGAGUAUAAGCAGUGAUGAGGUUAACUUCCUGGUAUAUAGAUACUUGCAGGAGUCAGGGUUUUCCCAUUCAGCAUUUACCUUUGGUAUAGAGAGCCAUAUCAGCCAGUCUAAUAUAAACGGUGCUCUGGUGCCACCAGCUGCUCUGAUUUCCAUCAUCCAGAAAGGUCUGCAGUAUGUAGAGGCAGAAGUCAGUAUUAAUGAGGAUGGUACCUUGUUUGAUGGUAGGCCGAUAGAGUCUCUCUCACUGAUAGAUGCAGUAAUGCCUGAUGUGGUACAGACAAGACAACAGGCCUACAGAGAUAAACUUGCACAACAGCAGGCAGCAGCCGCUGCAGCUGCAGCCGCGACGAACCAACAGGGAUCAGCGAAAAAUGGAGAAAAUACUGCAAAUGGAGAAGAGAAUGGGGCACAUACUAUAGCAAAUAAUCACACAGAUAUGAUGGAAGUAGACGGAGACGUUGAAAUUCCUCCCAACAAGGCAGUGGUGCUGCGUGGCCAUGAAUCUGAAGUGUUCAUCUGUGCCUGGAAUCCUGUCAGUGACCUUUUGGCCUCAGGAUCUGGAGAUUCGACAGCACGGAUAUGGAAUCUCAGUGAGAACAGCACGAGCGGCUCUACACAACUGGUACUUCGACACUGUAUACGAGAAGGAGGGCAGGACGUACCCAGCAACAAAGAUGUGACAUCGCUGGAUUGGAAUAGUGAAGGUACACUUCUAGCAACUGGGUCUUACGAUGGCUUUGCAAGGAUAUGGACUAAAGACGGUAAUCUUGCCAGCACCUUAGGGCAACAUAAAGGUCCUAUAUUUGCGUUAAAAUGGAACAAGAAAGGAAACUUCAUUUUAAGUGCAGGAGUGGACAAGACCACAAUUAUUUGGGAUGCCCACACUGGCGAAGCAAAGCAGCAGUUUCCUUUUCAUUCUGCACCGGCAUUAGAUGUUGAUUGGCAGAGUAACAACACAUUUGCCUCUUGCAGUACAGAUAUGUGUAUUCAUGUCUGUAAACUAGGACAAGAUAGACCCAUCAAAACCUUCCAGGGUCACACAAAUGAAGUAAACGCAAUCAAAUGGGAUCCAACUGGUAACCUUCUGGCAUCCUGCUCUGACGAUAUGACUCUAAAGAUCUGGAGUAUGAAACAAGACAGUUGUGUCCAUGAUUUACAAGCACACAACAAAGAAAUUUAUACUAUCAAAUGGAGUCCUACAGGACCAGGAACAAAUAAUCCAAAUGCCAAUCUUAUGUUAGCAAGUGCAUCCUUUGAUUCUACUGUUAGGUUAUGGGAUGUAGACAGAGGAAUUUGUAUUCAUACUCUGACAAAACAUCAAGAACCUGUGUACAGUGUAGCUUUCAGUCCUGAUGGCAGGUACCUGGCCAGCGGCUCCUUUGAUAAGUGUGUACACAUCUGGAAUACACAGACAGGUGCCCUAGUUCACAGUUAUCGGGGGACAGGAGGGAUUUUUGAGGUUUGCUGGAAUGCAGCAGGAGACAAAGUUGGAGCAAGUGCUUCAGAUGGUUCAGUUUGUGUAUUAGACCUACGGAAAUAGCGCUACUAGUUGGAAGCCAUGGACCGACUAUGAAUGUGUACAUAGCCAAAAUGACUGUCCCUGACCCAUGUACUGCUAUAGUCCCAAUUGAACCAUGGCCAGUCCACUACAGCCAAAUGUAAAAGAAAUAUAUACAUAUACUGUAUAUAAAAAGCAAAAAAAGAGGAAAAAAAAAUUACACCCUGAAGAGGAUGACAGAGUUUUUUCACAGCUUGUGAAUCCUGUUCACCAAGUGCUGGAAUCUGCUGUGUCCCAAAAUAACAUUUAAAGGUUUUGGAUAUGAAAAACAGAAGAGAGAGUGAGAGAGAGAGAGAGAAAUAUACCGUGUACAAGAGCAGACCCAUAUACAUACCAAAUUCAGAAGAUACUAAUGGCAGCCUUCAUUACCCCUUCCCCCUUUCAGUCCACUAUGAAAAUGGAUUGUGGGGUAUUUUUGUUUUCCUUCUCAGUAGUUGAGCAGUUUGUGUGUACAGAGAAAAUGGACUUACAGAAAUCUGCAGCCGUAGUUUUUUCUUUGCUUUCAAACAUUGGGUUUUCUGUUUUGUUUUGGUUAAGUUUACGGAUGCAUGAAGUAGGGGAGUGAAUUAGUUUCUUGUUUAUAUUUUUUUCACGUUGGAAAAAAAUGUUUCUUUGGAACAUAUUUUAAUGCAUUCUUUGAAGAGGUAGAUUGAACCUGAUAAUGUUUGGUACAUUUUCUGGCUCCCAGAGCACAACUUUGUGAACAGAGGGAGAGUGAAAAAGGGAUUAUGGACAGAGAAGAAAAAAAAUCCUCCUUUGAGAUGUGAUAUUUCACGUCCUGCUCACCUACAAAGUAUGACAGUAAUGGGUAUAAUGCUGUUUUCUUUUCUGGUGACGUGGCUGAAAUGCAGUAGUUUCUUAUUUAGGACAUAAUUCUGCCAAACAUGAGAAUAGAAGGGCACAAAAAUACAGAAAAGAAAAAUACAGGGAUGCAAAAAAAAAAAA